UGGAAAGUGGUGGCACUGGGACUAAAUCCGAAGGAAGAGGAGUAUUAGAAGCAUGGCAGCCCGUCUCUGAUGAGCAUGUACCGUGUACCUGGCCCUAUUCCAAGCGGUGGACGUGUCCUCGCGUAUGUAAACGUCACAGCAACCCCCAAAGGCGGGCGCUCUCGCAGCCGCCCUCUUCCAGCCUCCGCAGCACAGCAACAUCGAAGGGGUGUGACAGAGCACUGCCAAGGGUCUCGUCAGUGUCCCCCCUGCUCAUUCCUCCCAGACCUGCGGGGACAGUCGUCAUCCAUCCAGAAUAGCCUUAAGAAGAUUUUGCUCUGUCAGAUACCUGCCCUGGGGCUCCUGAAGGGUGAUCAUUCACGAUUCACCACCACCAGGAAGGCCAAACACAGGCCCCCCAGUACACAGCUCACCAAGGCCAAGGAUGUGCUCACGCACAGCUCCUUGGGGGAAGGCUCAGGGCCCCGCAGGCGGUGUUGCCCUUUCCGGGUGCGGUUCGCUGAUGAGUCCAUGUGGGACACUUUGCUCCGCUACUGGGAGCGCACCUGUGCAGUCCAGCAGAACACCAUUAAGAACAGGACGGUCACCCUGCCAACAGUGACAGAGCAGGUGUUCAGGAGCAUCGGGAGAUGGCUGGACAGUUUGCCCAAAGACCUGUACCCCAGCAACAAGCAGGACACCAUGGCCGGCCCCUCGGACUGGGACUGCCCCAGCCUGCCCACCCAAGAGUCACAGAGCCACCUUUCUGAGGAUGCCUCCAUGAGUAGCAGCCUGCCCUUCAUCCCUAGGGCCACCAUCCAGAGGCAGUGGAGGCCCCUCAAAACCUUCCUGGGCACCCACAAUGUCCUGGAGCGGGUGGGCAAACUGCACAGCUCCUGGAGCCGGAAGCUGGAGUCCUUCCUGCCCAGCUUGAUGCUGCAGUCGGUGCUGAAGCGAGGCCACCCGAAGGCGUACCAGCUCCUCCUGCCGUCCCUGACACCACAGCGUGCUCAGAAGUGACUGUCACUGCAGCUCUCACCCAACGGCGCACACAGGCCCGGCAGUGAGGAUCGCCCUCUCUUGCCCCACAGAUAGAUACACAUCCCAGGUGGCUGGGACCUGCCACUAGGUCUCACAGUACAAGCCUCUCCAUGAACUGA